GACAUAUUCGACAAAGGAGCUGCACCGAAUACACAUAUCGACAAGGCAGCGCCGGUCACCGCCCAAUACGCUGCAGAUAGCUGCAUGACUGGAUACAGUCAAAAAAAGCAAUCUCGGUUUCUUGUGUGCUCUGACGAGUGCAGCCCAGCAUCCCAUCAGCCCUUCUGUUUGCCCGAUUAAAAAGCACUUGAUGUUCUCUUUCCCCCCCAAUCUGUUGCUGCAAGCUGCUGUCUGAGUUCUCUGGCAUUUCCUCGAACUCUCUGUAGAGUGCUCCCGGCAACUUCACGUACAAUUUCAAGAUAUCCCCCACAGCUACCCAACGCCAUGCUUUCAGUGGCAUCUCUUCUUAACCCGGCUCCUUCGGGGCCGCCUUUGCAUCGAUACCCGCCAAGUCCAGCCUCGUCAUCCCCCACAACCUCCUUUGCUGACGAGUCUGCCUUCUUCGAUCGGCCCAUGAUAUCCAAGCACAAUAUGGCAAAGGACGCCGCGGUUUUUACCAAGGGUAAAGCCAAGGGUGUUGUCAACUUUUACCCAUACGAAAGACUAGACGAAGUCUCCUUGCGCGAGGUCCGCAAGUACCAAGUGUAUCCCUUCGGCAAGAUACAGGAGUAUUGCCGUCACAUCCCUUACAACAGCGGAAAGAAGGACUUCUUUGAGAAGACUGGCCGGGAAAGCUUCGAAGUCUUUCAAUACAUUCUCAGGGUACCCGGAGAUGAAACCGAGUACGCAGUUAUGUGGGACUACAAUGUUGGCCUCGUCCGCAUGACUCCUUUUUUCAAAUGUUGCAAGUACUCCAAGACAACGCCCGCCAAGAUGUUGAAUAUGAAUCCUGGUCUCAAAGAGAUUACCCACAGCAUCACUGGAGGAUCCAUCAUGGCACAAGGAUACUGGAUGCCAUAUCAAUGUGCCAAGGCCAUUUGUGCAACUUUCUGCCAUCACAUCGCCGGGGCUCUGAUCCCCGUCUUCGGUCCCGACUUCCCUUCUCUAUGCACACCACCUAAUGCGCCAGAGCAUGGUCGCAUGAUCAUCGACCAUUCGAUCAUCAUCCAGUCUACCAGAGAGUCGGAGCUCUUCCGCCGACAAUAUUCCAACAUGUUGACUUCAGCCGGCAGCCUGAGCCCCAAGAGAAACCGACGCGUCUUCCAAAGCCCCUACGACGAUUCAAGACACCACCCGCGCCAUCGCAUCCGCAGAACCUUCGUGUCGAGCGACAGUCCCUACGCCACCGACACCGACGGCGAUAUAUCGCCGGUCACCGACCGCAGCGCGUCAGAUCGAUACCUGUACUCGCCAGCCCCGUCCUCGGCGCCGCCCCCGCACGUUCGUCCUAGUAGCGGCUGGACCCCAGCCAAUGUCCUGCCUCUCCAGUACGAGACCCCGGGUCCUAGCACCUAUCUCAGUGCCGUACCGCGCUUCACCAGUCGCAGCUAUCCCCAAAGCCAUACCAACCCCCCUCAUCAAUCACACCCACACCCACACACUUACCCACCACCUCAACUCUGGCGCAGCAAGCGGCCCGCAGAACACAUCGACCCCGACUACGAAUAUGACGCGGGUGAGAGCCGCACGGCAACGGGCACGAACACCACUGCGAACAGCCCUGUGGACGACAAGCCAGCCGAACCGUCAUCAAUGGGUCCCGAUAAGAAUGCGGCGCUGUUGCUGAUGAAUCUGAGUGUGCAGGACAACGUGGGAAUGGGCAGCAUUAAAGGUAGAGAUGCGGGGGCGGCAAUAUCUUCCGAGACGAACUCGCCGGUGGACCGAAAGUUCCCCAGAAUCAAACUGUUGAGGGCGAAUUCUCUGUAGUAGGGGAGACAGCGGAUAGGAAAUAUGGAGACAGGGCGGUUAGGGGGUAAAGACUUGGCCUCGAGUAAACCAUUGUAAUCGUGUAGUUAAACAAAGACCUUCUUGUAUCAGUUGGGAACAUUCAGCAUUCAUAGGGAUAGGGACUGGUUGGUUGGAGUUGGGGCGGCAUUGAACUUGACUGGGGGGGAAAAGCAUGGG